AUGUCACAGACCAGAACCCUAAAGGUACGUGUGACCCUCUUCUUCAUCCUGGUGGGAGGAGUGCUGGCCAUGGUGGCUGUGGUGACCGACCACUGGGCCUUGCUGAGUCCACACCUGGAACACCAUAACGAAACUUGCGAGGCGGCCCACUUCGGCCUCUGGAGGAUCUGCACCACGCGCGUCGCCGUGCGUGACAAAAAAGACAAAAAUUGCGAACGCAUCACGCUGUCUGGAGACAAGAACUGCUCCUACUUCAGGCAUUUCAACCCAGGAGAGAGCUCAGAGAUCUUUGAAUUCACCACUCAGAAAGAGUACAGCAUCUCAGCAGCGGCCAUUGCCAUCUUCAGCCUCGGCUUCAUCAUCGUGGGCUCCAUCUGCGCACUCCUGUCCUUUGGGAAUAAGCGUGAUUAUCUGCUGAGGCCAGCAUCUAUGUUCUAUGCCUUUGCAGGGCUCUGCCUUAUUGUCUCUGUGGAGGUCAUGAGGCAAUCGGUGAAGCGCAUGAUUGACAGCGAGGACACCGUCUGGAUUGAGUACUACUACUCAUGGUCCUUCGCCUGUGCCUGUGCUGCGUUCACCCUGCUCUUCCUCGGAGGGCUGUUCCUCCUGCUCUUCUCCCUGCCUCGGAUGCCCCAGAACCCCUGGGAGUCCUGCAUGGAUGCUGAGCCAGAACACUAG